GUCAAAGUGUUCACGUGAUGCGGUUUGUUACAUCGCUCUGUGUUUGGACACAUCAGGAACUGCACCGUCCGCUUUAGCUGAUUAUUCUCGGGUUCUCCUGCUCAGAAAAUGCCUUCUGACAAGUCAUUCAAACAGAGAAGAAGCUUCGCUGAUCGAAUUAAAGAAGUUCAGCAGAUCAGAGACCAGCAUCCCAACAAAAUACCAGUGAUCAUUGAGAGAUACAAGGGUGAAAAACAGCUGCCAGUGCUGGACAAGACCAAAUUCUUAGUUCCAGACCAUGUCAACAUGAGUGAACUUGUCAAGAUUAUUCGGUGAGUGUUACCCGCCCAACAAAGGGAAGCCAAGCCACCUCUGAUGUGGAGAUUAAGGAUGUUAAAUGGUACCUUGGUUUGAAAUACCAAUUUAAAAAAAAAAAACAGCACAGUGGAUGUUCACUGUGGGUCAUUAUGCC